AUGUCUAAACCACUUCUUUCAUCUAUGCCAGUGUACGACAGCAGCUGGUUGGAUGAUGAUUCGACAAUAUCGGGGGACAAAAAGACAAACAAGUACACACCGUUUUUUGAACCGGUGGUAAAUACAUUUGGAGACGGUGGGUACAGCCCACACGUGUCAUAUCAUUACAAUCCAGCUGUGUCAAGGUACCAUUAUGGAGUGCGACAUCCAAUGAAGCCAUUUCGAUGCAUGCUAACAGAUCACUUGGUGAUUGGAUACAAGCUAUACGAACAAAUGGAUUUAUACAUGCCCCGCGCAGCAACACGGAAAGAGCUUUUAGAGUUUCAUUCGGAAGAUUACAUCAAAUUUCUAGAGUCGGUCACACCGGAAAAUGCUCACAAGUAUGGCGAGCAGCUUACAAAAUUCAACAUAAAUGAUGACAACCCUGUUUUCCAAGGUAUGUACGACUAUUGCAAGUUGUAUGCUGGAGCCUCACUGGAUGCGUCAAGGAAGUUGGUGAGUGGGAUGAGUGACAUAGCGAUAAAUUGGUCGGGUGGCCUCCACCACGCCAAGAAGUAUGCACCAAGUGGAUUUUGCUAUGUGAAUGACAUAGUACUGGCGGCUUUGAACCUCCUCAGGGUUUUCCCGCGUGUUUUAUACAUAGAUAUCGAUCUUCAUCAUGGUGAUGGAGUUCAAGAGGCGUUUUAUCUGACGGACAGGGUGAUGACGGUCUCUUUCCACAAGUAUGACGGGUGGUUUUUCCCUGCUACGGGAAAUUAUGACGAGACUGGAAUAGGUAGUGGCAAGCAUUUCGCCCUAAAUGUGCCGCUAAGAGACGGAAUAGAUGACGAGUCGUAUGUGCGAUUAUUCAAGUCGAUUAUGGAGAAGGUGAUCACGAAAUUCCAGCCUUCUGUGAUCAUCCAACAGUGUGGAGCCGACUCACUUGGCCAUGACCGGUUGGGUGGCUUCAACUUAAACAUCAAAGCACAUGGAGAAUGCGUUAAAUUCAUCAAGAGUUUUGGAAUUCCUAUGCUAUGUGUUGGCGGAGGAGGGUACACUCCUCGAAACGUGAGUCGGCUAUGGUGCUAUGAAACGAGUGUUAUGACAAAUAUGCAUUUAAGAUCGGAGCUACCGGGCAAUCUUCCAUUUAGAUCAUUUUUCGGACCGGACUACUCCUUACACCCCGAACUAGGCGGGAAGAUCAAGAACAAGAACACCAGAGAGUAUCUUGAGAAUAUCCGGUGUCAUGCAUUGGAAAACUUGCGGUAUCUGGAUUCGGCACCUUCCGUUUCUAUGCAAGAGAUUCCGCCUGAUAUUCAGAACAUGGAUGAUGAUGAAGAGGAUGCAAUUGUGUCCAGGCUGAAUAAGGAAAGCGAGAGGGAUCACUACAUGAACGAGCAGAGAUACUGGAUUAGUGCUAAAGAAGAUGCUGGGCCGGGCGAGUUGCUCGAAUGA